AUAUCAAUACCAUACCAUCAAAAAAACUUGAUUCCUCCACCCCCAACCAGGCUGGGGCAGCAGCAGCAACACCAUCAUGAACUCCACCACAGAGAGGAGGUUCUUCUACCACUCGACCGGUUCCCGUGCGGAGAACAUCUCCCUGGCGACAUACUACGUUCUCAUCUUGCUCUUCUCUGUCCCAGCCAACGCCAUGGCACUCUGGGUGUUCUGCUGCCACCCCAAGAGGAACAACAACAGUAGAGUGCUGCUGACGCACCUGGCGGUAGCUGACAUGUGCUACGUGCUCCUGCUGCCCAUGCGCGUGGUCUACCACGCCUCGGACGGCCACUGGAUCCUGGGAGAGGCGGCGUGCCGUCUGUCCGGCUUCCUGUUCUACCUGAACCUCUACUGCAGCCUCUACCUCAUGACCUGCGUGGCCGUCGACCGGCUGCUGGCCGUGGCGUACCCCGUCCGGGCUCUGGCCUGGAGGAAGCCGGCCUACGCCAAGGUGGCCUGUGCCGUCAUCUGGGUGACCAUGACGGUGGGAAUGGCACCGGUGCUGCUGUCCAAACAGACUGUGGAGGUCCAGCUGCAGCAGCAGCAGCAGCAGCAGCAGCGAUACAGCAAUAACGUGAGCGUCGUCUCACUGGAAGAUCCACAGCAGCAGCAGCAGCAGCAGUACAACAACAACGUGACCGUGUGCCUGCAGCUGUACCUGGUGAAGACCUCCCCCCGCGCGCUACUCUCCACCGCGGCGGCCUUCUCGGUUCCCCUCCUGGUGCUCAGCGUGUCCUACAUCCUCAUUCUGGUCAAGCUGGGGAGCGUGUCACGGAAGCAGAGGCAGUCCCCAGUGCACCUGAAAGCCAAGAGGAUGGUGGCGCUCACGCUGGCCAACUUCCUGGUGGCGUUCCUGCCGUACCACGUGCACCGCUUCGUUUACAUCGCACGGUACGGCCGGCCUGACGUCGGCGAUGCGGAGGCGACGGCGUUGACCGAUGGGAACAGGUUGACGUCGGCGCUGACUUGCAUCAACGGGGUCAUCGAUCCUCUCAUGUACUUUUUCCUGACCAACACGUAUCAGAGGACACUGCUGAGGAUGCUGGGUCGGCCUGGUAACACAGCACAGCCCGAUCCUGGACAGUCCUCCAGCCGCAUGGAGAUGUCUUCAGCAGAGAUAUUAUAG